UCAGAGGAUUGAGUCUUCCAUAGGACAUUGACCCUGAAACCUUCUGAGCAUAUUUGUGACCCACUUUCAUGAAGAGUGCAGUGAGUCCAGUAAGAAAGUCGGGCCAGCUCUGAAAAGCCAGGAGGAACGCCUUUAAAUGCAAGCAUACCACUGGGAGGAGGCAGUGACUUUGGAGGAUGUAAGUUUAAGCUUCACCACAGAGGAGUGGGCUUUGCUGAAUCCAUCCCAAAAGAAGCUCUACAGAGAUGUGAUGUGGGAAACGCUUAUGAAUAUGACUGCUAUAGGAAGGACCUGGGACAACCAGCAAAUUGAAGGAGAAUACAAAAAUUGCUCAAGAAAUCUAAGAAAUGAAGAGAUAGCAAAAUGCUUUCAAUAUAAAGCUUGGAAUCAACAUGAAAAACUACUGCAUUGGACUCCAGAUGCUAGUGUGGUCAUGGAACAAGCUGCUUUAAUGCCAGCUGAAAGUUUUGCUUGUAGAAAGUCCCUAAUUGGGCAUUUAUCAGUAAAUGUGCCCACUUUACCUCACACUGGACUCAAGCUACAUGAAUAUUUGGGAUUUGAUACCAAGCUAAGUAAAUGUAAUGAACAUGGACAAAUCUACAGUGAUUUCCAAUUCUUUGAGAAGCAUGGAAGGACAAAGAUUGGAGAGAAACCCUAUCAAUAUGACCAAAGUAGGAAAACCUACUCUGAACUUACUGAAAUAACUCACCCUGAAGAGAAGACCUUUGUAGGAAAGAGAAGUGUGAAAGCCUCCAGCACCAUGAAUGAUGCUCAACUCCCUGAAAGAAUUCACGCUGAGAAGAAACCUUAUGUAUGCAAGCAGUGUGGGAAAGCCUUCAGUACUCAAAGUUGUUGUAAAAUUCAUGAAAAAUUUCACAUGGAGGAGAAAACCUAUGUAUGUAAGCAAUGUGGGAAAGCAUUCCGCACACACAGUCACUGUCAAAUACAUGAAAGAAUUCACACUGGAGAGAAACCCUAUGCAUGUAAGCAAUGUGGGAAAGCAUUCAGCAGACACAGUCACUGUCAAAGACAUGAAAGAAUUCACACUGGGGAGAAACCUUAUGUAUGUAACCAUUGUGGGAAAGCAUUCAGAAGACACAGUCAGUGUCAAAGCCAUGAAAGAAUUCACACUGGGGAGAAACCCUAUGUAUGUAAGCAAUGUGGGAAAGCAUUCAGCACACGUAGUAACUGUAAAAGCCAUGAAAGAAUUCACACUGGGGAGAAACCCUAUAUAUGUAAGCAAUGUGGGAAAGCAUUCACUAACCACAUUUAUUACCAAAUACACAGAAGAACUCACACUGAUGAGAAAUCCUAUAUAUGUAAACAAUGUGGUAAAGCAUUCAUUACACACAAAUAUUGUCAAAGACAUGAAAAAACUCAUACUGGAGAGAAACCCUAUGUAUGUAAGCAAUGUGGAAAAGGAUUUGUUGAUAAGUCUGCACUUCGUAAACAUAGAAAAACUCACACUGGUGAGAAACCAUAUGUAUGUAAGCAAUGUGGAAAAGCAUUCAGCUUACAUAGUAGCUGUCAAAGCCAUGAAAGAAUUCAUACUGGGGAGAAACCUUAUAUGUGUAAGCAAUGUGGGAAAGCAUUCCGCACAAGCAGUCACUGCCAAAGACAUGAAAAAACUCACACCGGGGAGAAACCUUAUGUAUGUAAACAAUGUGGAAAAGCAUUCACUACACACAAUUAUUGUCAAAUACAUGAAAGAACUCACACAGGGGAGAAGCCUUAUGUGUGCAAACAAUGUGGGAAGGCAUUCCUUACACAUCAAUAUUGUCGAAUACAUGCAAGAACUCACACUGGGGAGAAGCCUUAUGUGUGCAAGCAAUGUGGAAAAGCAUUCACUACAAAGAGUUCUUAUAAUAAUCAUGAAAAAAGGCACACAGGAGAAAAACCCUAUGUGUGCAAGGAGUGUGGAAAAACAUUCACUAGAAAGAGUUCUUACAGUGUACAUGAAAAAAGUCACACAGGGGAGAAACCUUAUGUGUGCAAGCAAUGUGGGAAGGCAUUCACUACACACAAAUAUUGUCAAAUACAUGAAAGAAUUCACACGGGUGAGAAACUCUAUGCAUGUAAGCCAUGUGGAAAAAGAUUUGCUAGUGAGUCUUCAAUUUACAGACAUAGAAGAUCUCACACUGGAGAAGUUGUAUAUAAGCAAUGUGGAGAAAGCAUUCAAUGAACGCAAUAUCAACUAUAUGAAAGUCACACUGGGGAGAAACCCUGUAUAUGUAAGACUUGAAAAUUCUGUGAAAAUUCAUCAUGUAGUGGAGACAUGUACAAAUUAACUGAAAACUUUGAUGUCAGUAUCUCUUCAUAAAGUUUCCAGAAAAUACACCCAGAUGGAGAUAUCCUGGAAUAUGUCCUUUCUUUGUUUUUCAGCAAAUCACUUGUAAAUAGUAAACUAUGUAUCUGUAGUCUUGACUAUAAAAAUAUUGACAUAAUAUAUUUUUGUGUAACCCAUAGUCUUUCAACUUAGUAUAUAAUAUCUUCUAAUUAAACAAGGUGAAUUAAA